AGCAAAGCAAUCAGGAUGAUGAUGUGGGGCCUGUGCUUGCUUUGUGUGGUCAUGGGGCUCGCACCCGUCCACGCCGCCCCCGUCAAGACGGCGGGCAGCACGGAGGACGUCAACGUGCUCAUGUUCGGCGUGAUUCAGUUCGGCGAGUCCCUCAACUACGUCUUCGAAACCACCGAGGCCAAGAUAGCUAGGAUCGCCAAAACUCUGAAUGGCCAUGAGGGUGCGCUGAGGCGGCUCGGGGAGCAGACGGAGCAGGCGGCCGAGGUGGAGAAGAAGAUCAAGGAAGUGAUAGCGCUGCUGCAGGACCAGAUUAGCAAGCAGCAAGCUGAAACCAAGAUGACAGAAGGUCAGCUGGCCCACAUUCAGCAGGAAGAGAUGGCGCUUUGGACCAAAGUGAGAAGACUGGAGAUGUAUCUGAAGAGCACGUCACCCACCAGCAUCAAAGAUCUGCAGGAGAGAACUGCUUUGAAUGCCAGUAUCUUGAAAGGUCUGCAGCAUUUGAUGCAGUUUCAAAAACAGAACAUGGAGAACCACAACCAACAGAUCUUAACAUUGCAGAAGAUGAGUGAAGCUUUAUGAAGCAUCCAACACAGCACUGGACCCUCCAAGCACUCCCUUUCACCUGUGCAAUGCUGUACAUAGCACAUUGUUUUUAUUUGCCUUGUGGCAACUUACACUACAUCAGUUUCUCCUGCAACACUGCUGUGUGUAUUUCAUUUGGAGUGCCUCUCUUAAGCAUUAUUUUUGAACAUUUAAUUAUCAAAUCUUAUUUUAUUAUAACACAACAUAUCUUGUUAUUUAGGCAUGUUUUGUAUUUACAGUACAUAUUGUACAACAUUGUAAUUAAAGGCGUGAAUAAGCUUUCA